UAGCGAUCUGGCAUCAGAGUCCGAUUCUGCUGAGUGCUACCGGAGAGACGGAGAGAGAGAGAGAUCGCAACUCAUCCCCAACCACCGCAUCAGACCAAAACAACGAACAAAUCGUGGAUCGUUUUCCAUAGCUGAAGAAGGGAUCAACAAACCGAAGCAAAGAUGUUACCCACUGCUUCCAAAGGACGCGCUUCUUCCUCCACCUCUCGACCUAAUUCUACGCUGCUUCCCUACCUCCGCAGAAUCAUCAAGUGGCAACAAAUGGAUAUCGAAUAUACUUUUUGGCAAAUGUUUCAUCUAUGUACGGCACCAAAAGUUGUCUAUCAGCAUACUAAAUAUCACAAACAAACCAAGAAUCAAUGGGCACGUGAUGAUCCUGCAUUUGUUGUGAUCUGCAGCCUUCUUUUGGCCGUUGCAACUUUGGCUUAUUGUGCAGCGUAUGACCAUAGUAUUGCACAUGCAGUUUUUGUUGUCUUCUCAGUGUUGCUUUUCCACUUUUUAUUGACUGGUGUAUUUCUGGCAACUUUUUGUUGGUUCCUGACUAAUUCAUAUCUUCGAGAAGAGGCCCCAAACAGUUAUGUGGUUGAACAGCGUGUUGAAUGGAUGUAUGCAUUUGAUGUGCACUGCAACUCUUUCUUCCCAAUGUUUGUAUUGCUAUAUGUGAUCCAUUAUUUUCUAUCUCCUCUAUUGGUGGCUCAUGGUUUCAUUCCAACAUUGCUGUCAAAUAUACUAGUGAUGGUGGGCGCUUCGUACUAUCAUUAUCUAAAUUUCUUAGGUUAUGAUGUUCUGCCCUUUUUGGAGAGGACCACCUUUUUCCUGUACCCAAUUGGUGUAGUAAUUGUGCUUUCUCCCAUUCUUAUUUUGAGUGGCUUCAAUCCUUCUAGAUACUUUUUGAGCGUGUACUUCAGUCGACAAAUAUGAUCACUCGAGCUGAUACUUUUGACCUUUCAUCGUCCUUGAGGUUAUAUCGCAUUCCUAGACUACAAAAUGAGAAGGCUUUAAUGAAUAUAUUUGAUUGUGUGUUUGAAGGAUGCAAUGGCCCGGCAAUACCUCAUUUAGGCCUUCUACGUCUACCAAUCCAAGUUGGACUGUAGUAAGUCAGGGUAGCUCAUGUAUUUUUUACAGUUAUUAAAUAGGAUAUUUGUUCAAAUGAAUAUACUCAAUUCUAAUGAAUUUUCUUGUCAAUGCGGCAUAAUCCAUCCCAACAAAGAUAGUGUUUUAUUUCUUUCAUGAGGCUACAUUCGGGUUGUCCAAAUGAAGAGAUGUGCAUGUGUAUUUGGAUUUCAGUUGAGCGUAAUGCGACUUUCAUGUCAAAUAUAUAAGAAGGGUCAUAUUCACUUUUUUUAA